AUGGCCGACCACGGCACGCCGUCGUCGGCCCACGAAGUCACCAGCAGCAGCAGCAACAAUAACAAUAUCAACAACAACAACAGUAGCCAUAAUGCAAAUGCUUCCCUUGGCUCAGCAGGGAAUGCCAGUGGCUCUUCGCGAAGUGUCAAGAGACCUCGGCCUGUCAAAUCCUGCAUAGAGUGCAGAAAUCGAAAGUUAAAAUGCGACAGGCUUUUGCCAUGUUCGCAGUGCCAGAAAUCAAAUCGUAAUUGUCGCUAUGCUGCAGAUGGCGAUGUCAACAACCUAUCCGAUGCUUCAGACGCCGAAGUGCCCGACAGGCCGCCAAAGAAGCAAGCUUUGCCCAUCAACGCUGAGAGUCCUGCAUCAGCGUCCAAAACACGGGACCGGAAUCUCACAGUCCCAAUCAGUCUAUGGGAAGACUAUGGCUUGAGACUGGAAAGACUGGAAAAACUUGUGCUGUCGAAUGCAAAGAGUCCGCUGGUUAAAGAUUUGAAUCUGCGUGCUCCGCCGCUUGCUUCAUCCACUACGACUAUACGUGGCUUGACAGUCAAGGGCAGUCUGCGGACCAGAUUCUUUGGACAGAAUAGCACUCGGGUCCUUCUCAAUCUAUUUGACGAGGCAAAAGAGUUCAUGUUUAGCAAAACCAAACCUCAUAGCGUCAGGGAGAUCUUCACCAACAUACAAAAAAUUCACAAGAGCCUCCAGGUGGAACAGGCAAAAGCACUUGCUCCCAUCACUGUUUACGUCGAUUCAAUCAAUCCUGUGCACAAACGUAUGGCAGACAUUCUACCAAAGAGGGUUGUCUGCGAUCGUUUGCUUCAAGUCUUUUUGGCUGGCUCAGAGUCCCUGUAUCGAAGUGUCCACAUCCCUACCUUUACGAAUCAGUACGAGCGGUGGUGGGACGGAACGCUGCAAUCUGAAUCAUUCCUCCCCCAGCUGCUCUCCAUGUUGUGUAUUGGCUAUCGGUUCUAUGGUUCAGAAACAGGUUAUGGCCCGGACCGGGAGAGUAUUCACAUACCGACUGCAUGUUCAUUAGUCAAGGAGUGGCUGCAUAACCUUAGGGGCAAGAAUCUUAUGGACUUUGGUACUCUCCAGGCCGAAGUUCUUCUCUUGAUGGCUCAGCGCAUGAUAAACCCCAACAACCAAGACUCUUGGACGCAGCUCGGGUUAAUAGUGCGAAUGGCCAUGACGAUGGGUUUACACAGGGAUCCGUCAGAAUUCCCUCAGAAAAUAUCACCUUUCUGGGGAGAACUGCGGCGUAGGGUUUGGUACACCAUAUUGGAGCUUGAUCUCCAAAUGUGCAUUCAAUGCAAUAUGCCAGCUUGUAUUCGUGAAGGAGAUUAUACUUGCCGGCCUCCCAGAAACGUCGACGAUGGGGAUAUCACCAUGGAAAUGACAGAGCUACCCGAGGCCAAGCCGAUUGAUCAGGCUACAGACUCACAGAUCCAAGUAUUUGCCGCAAGUACACUCUCUGUCCGCUUCAAGGUCAUAGAAAUCAUCAAUGGUCUCGACACCUUGACGGAUUACCAGCCGGUCAUUGAUUGCGGCAAUUCCCUGGAACGGAUUUUUGAUGAUAUGCGAUAUAUUUUGCUGCGCAAGCAACCCACGACCCCCGAGGAGGCAACACGUCAAUGGUUGACCAAGACCAUUUUGGACAUGCACCUGCGUCGAGCUCUGGUCGCCCUGUAUAGGCCAUUCGCUUUGAGCACGCCAGAUGUACCCCAAGAGAUUUUAACGUCUUACCUACGGUCCUCAGUAGUCAUGUUGACUUACAUGGACGAUCUGGAUAGAGACAGUCCAAACUAUACUCAAAUCUUUCACAUGCAUCAUCUUGUACUGAAACAGGAUUUUUUGCAGGCGGCUUUCAGUGUUUGUUAUUAUAUCAAACAUGUCGCUGACUUGUCCGAUGAAGAAAGCACAUCGCCGCAACCAUACUCGCACACAUCUGCAUCAAGGCCAGACUCGUUCGCAGAAGCAUGUCUUCUUGCUACCGAGAGCUCAGUGCUUCUGUCUCCCUCUCGCCUCGUGUCCGUUUUGGAGAGAGCUUUAGACGCCAUGAACAGUCGAAUUAGGGAGAUUGGAACGGAUCUGAAAGACCUAGUCUCGCUGACGGUGGUCUUGGCUCAUUGCCGUGGCGGGCCCGUCGAAGUCGUACAUCAAAGGGUGAUUAAUGGUCUGCGCGCCAUUGUCGAUGCUGGUCUUCAUUCAAUACAUACUAGCCAGACUGACAUUGCCUCAUUACCAAUUCUGCAACCGUCGCCCAUUACAAUGAAUAGCAUGGGCAAUGCACCAGGUUUCAUGAACUCUCAGCAGCCAUUCAUGUUUUCACCUGAUCUCCCUAAUAUUACGAUGGCUGAUGAUUUUGCCAUAUGGGACAUGGAGUUUUGGAACCCACUGCUGCAAAACGGCCCGUAA